UCAAAACCGAAGGGUGGGGCCCAAACAUGCCGCCUCGCCCAUUCCUCCAGCCUAUAAAAGGAGUGAGACCCCAGCUUUGACAACAGAGCGAGUCGAGACUUAGAACCAGCUGUUUCUUUUCUGAUCCAGGUAGAUCGCAGAGGAGUUUAAAAUGAGUGACUCACAGAAGAAGUGCGACCAAUUGCCAAAGGAAUGCCAUCAAGGCGAUGGCAAAGGGCAAGGCAAGGGACAGGGACACGGGAAGGAACACGGACACGGACAUGGGAAGGAACACGAACAUGGACACGGGAAGGAACAUGGACACGGACACGGGAAGGAACAUGGACACGGACACGGGAAGGAACAUGGACACGGACACGGACAUUGCCAUGACAAAGACCAGAGUCAUGGUCCCGAUGGCAAGGGAUGCGGCACCAAGGACUAGUGUAAGAAGUGACACUGCACACACCAGCCAGAUUCACAGCACACUGGCCAAAUGCUGUGCUUCGAGCACUGCGAUGAUUGAAAUGUGUUACAAGUUAUAUCAAUAAAGUCAUUUUCAAACACA